AUGUUUAAUCGUGUUGAGUUAUUGCACAACCACUCUAGGCGAAAGCUUUUUCAUCAGCUCAAACUACCACCACGACAAGCUGUUUGCCAAGAUCAUGUAUCGUCGUACAGACACCGGGAGGAUGAGUACAAGGACCGAAGUAAAGAAGAACUUCCGGAUCUCCAAUCAUCCAUUGCUCAACAAGUUUGUACUCCCUAUGCUCACUUUGUUGUACCUUGGCUGUUCGCAGUCACGGAAUCCCACAAGACGCCGGUGUGCAUCUCCGUCUCUCAAUUAGUGUUAAAGGCGCUGGCCGCGAACAAUGUGGACCUGUUAACUAUGAAACUCCGGGAGCGUGGCUGUCAAUGGUAUGCAACAAGGGCAAUUGAAGGCCAGAUUAUUCUCCAUUUUUCAAGAAAUACAACCGAUACAUGGAAGGUACUCACCCGUAAUGAAUUGCAUUCGAUGUUAUGGAAACAAUCCGGACACCCGAACACUAGUUUAAUGAUAAAAGUUGGAGUACUGCGCCCGGAAGGACAUCGGAUCUCGAGGCACGGAGCAGAAUGUGAUGUGAAUGUCAGCAACGUGAAUAUAAACGCAAAGGACUUCGUUGGCGCUGACAUUGACGAUGGUCCUCAAAAAAAUCUCUGCAUCAAAUGGAACGCCUUUAUCUUAGCCAACGUGGUCAAGGAUGCGAGUAUUGGGUUGCGGGGUCAGAUACUGAAGGUGCUACGAGAAGCUGGAUACCGCCUCAACCGAAUCCGCAUCAUAAACUACGGUUGCAUGCACGAUGGAAGUAAAAUUUACGGAGACAUGUGUAUCAGUUUCUCUAUGAAUAGACUGGACGAUCCAGAACAAUUUGAAAUGACCGUCAUAUUACCGUUACUUCGGAUGAUAACGAACGUCCAUGGUGUGUAUUUCUUCUUCCCAGAUGCGGAUCCAGAAUGGUCGUUGGAUUGGGUCCGAAAUCCCUUCUAACCUUGUCGAAUCAACUGAAGUUGAA